AUGGAAAAAUAUUUUUCAACACUUGAUGGUCUACGCCACUUACAAAAUUCAUUCCAGCGCAUCGUGUUGCAGCCUCAACGUGCCGACGCUCUGCGUCGACAGCCUGUCAGCACCACGGCAGGCUGUGUCACCGAAAUCUUUCAUCCUUCAACGGCUGCCCGAUGGAUCCUCAUCACGGCCCGAGCACGUUCGCCUUAUGGCGCUUGUCUAUGGAUUCUACGAGUUCUCGUAGGACCCGUCGGUUCCUUGCAGGAUGUGCCGUGCAUCCGGAAGCUCGCUCUUGGUCGUGGUUUGACACUAUUCCUACCCUCUGCAGGGUUUAUGGCGUUCUGUAUUGAAUACAUCCUUGCAAGUGACAAUGUCGUUGACAGAGUUCGAAAUAUGGUGUAA